AUGCUUGCCAACGCCAUGGUUUCCCAGUACGAAACUGUUGUGACCACCGUUUUCAGCUACUUGGUGCCGCUGCUCCUCCUUUGGACAACAUGGGAAAUGGUGCAGAUCCUUUUUGGGUGCCUGGGGUCAAGCUCCAGGAGCCCGAAACAGGCGCUCGACUAUGAUGCCAAAGCGUGCGGCGGUGGAAUAGCGGCUUGA